AUGAGCAGCGCCACCGCAUCUUCGUCUUCGUCGGCGUCCGCAUCGAUCGCCGACGCCGCUUCCAGCGCGUACAGUGCGGUCAAGGAUGUAGCUCCGGGACCGCGCAAGGCGGCGGCUACGCCAACGCAGACGGCGCAGCGCAAGGACAAGCCGCUCUACUCGCUCAUAGCCGGUACGACCGCCGGUGCUGUCGAGGGAUUCACCACGUAUCCGAUCGAAUAUACCAAGACCGUGUCGCAGUUUGCGGCCAAGGCGGGCGAGAAGGCGCCGGGUCCCAUCACGAUCGUGCGCAACACCAUCGCCAAGGACGGCUUCAUCGGCCUCUACUCUGGAUGCGGCGCGCUCGUGACGGGCAAUGCGAUCAAGGCGGGUGUGAGGUUCCUGAGCUACGACCACUUCAAGACCAUGCUCAAGGACGAGAACGGCAAGCUCUCGGGCCCGCGCUCGCUGCUCGCCGGACUGGGUGCAGGUAUGAUGGAGGCAGUGUUUGCCGUCACGCCGUCCGAGACCAUCAAGACCAAGCUGAUCGACGACGGAAAGCGCGCCGUGCCCAAGUAUCCGCGCGGGCUCGUGCCGGGUACCGCGGCGAUCGUGCGCGAGGAGGGCAUCAGGGGCAUCUACAGGGGUCUCUUCCCCGUCAUGCUCCGACAGGGCGCCAACUCGGCAGUCAGAUUCGGAACCUACUCGACGCUCAAGAACUUUGUCAGCGGCAGCGCAAGGCCCGGUCAGUCGUUGCCGGGCGGUAUCACCUUUGGUAUCGGCGCCAUCGCCGGCAUCGUCACCGUGUAUGCAACCAUGCCGUUGGACGUGAUCAAGACGCGCAUGCAGACACUCGAGGCACGCACAAAGUACCGCAACACCUUCAACUGUGCCGCCGUAACGCUGCGCGAAGAGGGCGUGCUCGCCUUCUGGCGCGGCGCCACUCCGCGUCUCGCCCGCCUCGUCCUCUCCGGCGGCAUCGUCUUCACCGUCUACGAAGAAAUCAUGAGCGUCCUCGGCGCCAAGACCAUGUAG